CGACAAGGUGAAGGGCUAGAUAAUCCCUACGAGGUCGACCAGUUGACAGCGCUGUUGUGGUGCGAGGAUGCCUGGUCAAAGGUUAGUGCUUCGACCAUACGCCACUGUUGGAAUCAUUCCAGACUCGUAGGUAAAGCUCAUUUUGAAAUAACUAAAUCAGUACAUUGGAAAAGUAUACUCAACUUAACAUCAAUUUAUAUAUUCUGCGUCUUUAUAUAUAUCAGGCGUUCCUUACUCGGGCAGAUUGCUGUACACGCAGCGUGCAUCUUCAACGCCGUGGCCGAGGCUAUCGCGCCAGCAGCUUGCACUUCCCGUCACCGAUGUCGACGGAGCCCCUGGAGUGUCUCCGGCACAACGUCUCCACCAGCAGGAAUCAUGCUGCACCAGCAUCUGGAUAACGUCAGGAGUGCGGCCUACACGGCAGGAAUCGGAAGUGAUGGCGGACUCGGCAAGGCGCAGCGCAGCGCUGCAAGCCCGAGUGAGCAUUGCAGGCUUGCGUGA